CGACAUUCACUCAAUAAGAAGGGUCCCAAACCGAAACAUCAGCGAUUUCAUAGUCAACAGGUGCAGUUCUUUGUUUCUGCAUUCACUCCACAAGAUGGAGUCGAUGAGGAGGUUUCUCUUCCUCCUCCGCAAAGUCGUCAAUUCAACUCAAAAAGAUUGUCAGGCUGCAGAGAGCAGAGAAGAGAGCAGAGCUGUCAUCCAUGCUGUCCCCUGCCCUGCAUCUCACUCCACAGACACAGGAGAGUGGGAACUCCUGCAAUGCUGUGCAGCUCCUUCAAUCUGCUGAAGAUAAACAAGUGUUUGGUUGCAUAUCUCGUACUAAUGAUAAUCCAUGCACGUAAGAACAAUACGGGCCCCACACUAGCGCAGAUCAAUGAGGCUGUGGAGAUAACAGGAUUGAUGGGGGGAAAUGCCACACUGCCCUGCUAUAUGGAAGAUGGAGAGACAAAUGGAUUGAUGGUAUACUGGCAGACCAGGGACUUGACUGCUUGGGUAUUCAGAAAGAAUAAGUAUGAGUGGAAGCAUGUUCACCCAUCCUUUCACAGUCGUGUGGAAGUCUCGAUCCCAGGCAUCAGCUCAGGGAAUCUGUCAAUGAACCUUCAGCAGCUGGAGCUCAACGACACCGGAGAAUAUGAAUGUGUCAUCACAAGAGACGGUCAACCCGCUGAUACUUUCAGCAUAAAACUCAAAGUGAUGGAGCCUGAAGUUGUAAUGGAACCAAUCAAUCCAAUUACCAGAAAUGACUCCAGUGCCAUUAAUGCAGGUCUGGGAACAGGACGCAGAGAGCGAUAUUUUCUCCUGAUACCUAUCGGUCUUUUAUUAGGAGCAUUAUUUGUGAUUUUUAAAAAAAUAAUCUGAAAUACUACAAAUCACUUUCAAAUAGAAAAAUAAAAUAAAAAGUGAAGUUGAACCUAU